AUGGUGAAGAAACUGCUAGCUGAGAAAAUCUCGGAGUCAUACAAUCCCAAAGAUGAGUAUGAUAUUGAGGACUUUGAGUCGGGUAAACUGACAGGAGAUUUAUUUCAACAUAAGGAUGAGGACAUUGACGACUCAGAUGAGCUGGAGUCAGAUGAUGAAUUACAAAGGGAACACUAUAUUGUGUCUUCAAAGUCUAUGUUGAGAAAUAAGGAGGGUAUGAAUUUAGGAAAGAAGUAUACUGGGGAUUUAGUUUCGAGAAGUGAAUUGUACCAGGAAGAAACGAGUGAAGAGGAGGAGGAAGAAGAAGAAGAGGAGGAGGAGGAGGAGGAAGAGGCCAGUCGAAAUGGGGUACAGGAAAAACCUCAAGAAUUUUCAGAUGUGGAGGAUGAUACGACCGAUGCGUCAUCUCAUUCAGAUUCGGAUCUGACACUGUCAGGAAAAGAUUUUGCAAAUGCACCAUCUAGUCAUCUUCAUUCCAGUCGUAGCAAAAAUAUAAUCAAACUGUUGGUGGAGAAAGAGCGUUCCCUGAUUAUCAAUAGACUAUCACAGUCUGCAAUUGAAGACUCCUUGAAAGGCUUUGCAGUGCAACAGCAGAAUAAAACUUAUGAUAAACUAAUUGAUGUCAGAAUCAAGUUCCAAAAAGCAAUCAACUCGGCGAAUAAGCUACCAAUCAACGCACAAGUAUAUAAAGAUAAUCGGUCCGAAUCCACCACCGACUCGCUAGUCAAAGAAACAAAAUCCCAGCUUUACAGCUUGUUGGAUAGUAUAUUUAAGCUUAGAUCUCAAUUAGAGGAUACCAAAAUCAAGGCUUCAAAGAAGAGGACAUUUCAGGAGUAUUCGCUUGUCACUACAAAUGCCGACAAGAGACUAAGCAGCGAGCGUGCAAACGUCUUGAACAAAUGGUCAACCAAAGUUCAAAACUCCUCUGGAAGUAGUGCUAUCAAUGCAAGUAAAUUCAAGGCCAUCAACCAAUCUUUUGAGCAGCAGGUGAAGAACAAUUUAGCGGACAUGGAUAGACUAAUCAAGAGAACGAAAUUGAACAGAAAACAGGUUACACCCAUUGGCUACAUUGAGGAGGAAGAAACCAAAGAGGUAGGAUCAGAGGUGCAAACCGAUGAUUCUAUAGUACCUGCAAAGAAUAAUAUGCCACGUGAAAAGAAUCAAGGCAUGGAGAAUAAGUACAUCUUUGAUGAUGAGGAUUUCUACCGUGUAUUACUAAACGAUUUGGUUGAUAGAAAAGUUCAAAUGUCGGAUCCAACUACAAAUAUUACCAUAAUCAAGUCAGCACAAAGAGCAAAUAAAUUAUCAAACAAUGUUGAUACAAAGGCUUCAAAGGGAAGGAAAUUAAGAUUUCAUGUACAAGAUCAAAUUGCCAAUUUCGAAACAUCCAAAGGACAAUGGAAAUGGAAUGAUGAUCAAAUUGAUGAGUUUUUCGCUUCGUUAUUGGGGCAAAAAGUCAAUAUGAACGAAAAAGAAGAUAUUGACCAAGAAGACGAAAGGGACCUUGAUGAGGAGGUGGCUACUAUUGACUCUGGUAUACGACUCUUUAACUAA